CCGAAAGGCCGCAUUAAAGCGACACUAGUGCCAAACUGGAUCCACUUCAUAUUGAUCCAGAACAACCGACAGAAAACAAGGAACGACAAUGUUUGAAAAUGUUCCAACAGUGUCGUCAGCCGAGCGUCAGCAGGUACUGGGAGCUCUGGAGCGUCUGCAGGCCAAACUGGCGCAGAGGGAGGAGUGGACCCACAGUGAGACCCUGGGGAACCUGAAGGAGACGCUGCAGAGUCCUCUGUUCAACCACAUCCUGACUCUGCAGCACUCCAUCAAACAGCUGAAGAACCAGCUCAGUAGCAUGCCUCCUGACGCCUGCAGUGACAUCAGCUUCUCCAAAAAGGGUCAGCUGAUCAUGAGCGCCAUCAAUCAGCCUACCAGCUCGGCCCAGCCCACCCUGUCUGCCUCCUCCUCCAUCCUGACCAAUGGCUCGACUCCGCCCAUCCAUCAGACUCCACCCUCCUCUAACGUCCUGCAGAAAUGGAUCCAGGCUGCCGCUAAGGGCCGUCACACUGAGGUGGUCAGUCUGACCCGGCCCCUCUCUGGCGGUCUGGGCUUCAGCGUGGUCGGUCUGAAUCCAGCAGGAAGCAGCAGUCAGGGAGUAUUCGUCAAACAGAUCCAACCUGGAGGCAUCGCACACAGGGACGGACGUCUUCAGGAAAGGGAUCAGAUCCUGGUGAUUAACGGGAGUCCUCUGGAGCCGGGGAUCAGCCAGCAGACUGCGUUGAACCUUCUGCAGCAGCCGGGGGAGGCCGUGGAGCUGGUGGUGGCCCGGGACCGCCAGCUGAAGACAUCAUCGCCACCCACUGCCAUCAUCAGCACGGACCAGUGGGGUCACGUGGAGGAGAUUGAGCUGGUGAAUGAUGGAUCUGGUUUGGGUUUCGGCAUCGUGGGAGGGAAGACGAGCGGCGUGGUGGUCAGGACGCUUCUCCCCAACAGUGUGGCCGACAAGGACGGACGUCUCCGUACAGGUGACCACAUCCUUCACAUCGGGGGCACGCCCACCAACGGCCUCACCAGCGACCAGGUGGUCAAGGUGCUGCAGGGCUGCGGGAGUCACGUGACAAUGCUGAUCGCCAGGGAUCCUCGGGGCCCAAGGUCUUCAGGCCCGCUUCCUCCACCACCUCCAGACUCCGCCCCCAUCUCCUCUUUACCCCCCAGACUACCAGAGCUACCUCCACAACGCCGGCUCAGCAAGACACCUAACCUGGAGGGAUAUGAGAUCCAUGAGGUCUCUCUAACCAAAAAGGACGGUCAGAGCCUCGGCAUCUCCAUCGUCGGCUACAAUCCGCUGACCAGAGAAGAUGCUGUUGGAGUUUUUGUGAAACACGUGGUUCCUGGCAGCGCUGCAGAUCAGAGCGGAAACAUCCGGGUCCAUGACCGUCUGAUCGCUUUGGACGGCGUCAGCCUCCACGGUCUGACCAAUGAGGAGGUUCUGGAGGUGAUGAAGCAGACAGGUCAGACCGUCGUUCUCUCUGUGGUCAGGAAGAAACCACGAGCCAUGGAGAGAUCUCUGGACAAAGUGGAGCGGGAGUCGUCUCGUGUGUCUUUGAGGAGGUCGUCGGAUGUGAAAGCUCGCUCAUACGGGUUUAACUACAUGGCACCAAAACCGGAGUCAUCGUACCUCAACACAGCACAGCUAGCAAGGGCUACAGAUGCAGAGCUGAGGGAGAAGUGGGAGCAGGCUCUGGGGCCAAAGUAUGAAGUUCUGGUGGUUCACUUGGAUCCUGUCAUUGAAGACGAUGCAGAGCUGCAGAAAUCUUCGAAACUGCUGCCCAUCCACAUGCUUCGUCUCGGCGUGGAGUUGGACUCGUUCGACGGUCAUCACUACAUCUCCUCUCUGGCUGCUGGGGGCCCCGUAGAAAAACAUGGAGUCCUGAGACCGGAGGAUGAGCUCCUUGAGGUGAACGAUGUCCAGCUCUACGGGAAGACUCGACGGGAGGUGGUGUCCUUCCUUAAAGAAGUUCCUCCUCCGUUCACUCUGGUCUGCUGCCGACACCCGACCUCCGACAUGGAACCAGAGCCAGAGUCGGAGUCUGAACCAGAACCUGAGACAGCACCGUGGCCUGGAUCUGUACCGGUUAGACCGACACAGCCCAGCGUGGAGGAGAUCGAGCUGAAGCUGUCAUCGAUGCUCUGCACUCAGACUGAACCGAAGGAGCGGGACGGCGACCAGCAGAACAUCAGAAAGGAGCCGGUGUCCUCUGUAGAGGAGGUUCUGACAGAGAAGACUCCCCACAGACAGCAGGAGGAAGAUGAGGAGGAUGAGGAUGAAGAUGAGGAUGAAGGAGAGCUGGCUCUGUGGUCUCCAGACAUUCAGUUGUUAGAGCUGCAGAAGGAGAGAGACAAAGGCCUCGGCUUCAGCAUCCUGGAUUAUCAAGACCCCGUGGACCCCAGCCGCUGUGUGAUGGUGGUCCGCUCUCUGGUCCCCGGCAGUCCAGCAGAGCGUCACGGAGGUUUACUCCCCGGAGAUCAACUAGUGUCAGUGAACCAGACUCAGGUGGAUCAGCUGACUCUGAGCGAGGCCGUUGAGGUCCUGAAGUCUGCCCCGCCUGGAACGGUUCGACUCGGCAUCAGAAAACCUCUGGUGGUUGAAGGAGGAGACAGGAGGACCGACAUCAGUCAUCAGGAGUCUCCAAACAACCUCCAUCUGCCUGUGCCAAAGGGUUUCGGUGACGGCUCCAUCCUUCCAGAAGACCUCAGACAAGAGGAGGCGGAGGAGGAGGAGGAGCCAGAGCUGAUCCUGGACGGAGGUCUGCCUCGCUACGCCACCUCCUCUAUGACAUCUGACCUCCUCCUGCCCAUGGACGACGGCAGAGAAAUGGCCGUGGACGAAGAAGGGGAGGAGGAGACGAAAGAGGAGGUGAAGAAGCAGCAGAAAGAGGAGGCGAUCACAGGAUCCCUCCCCAGGAAACCUCCUCCAUCAUGGGAGGAGUGGAAGCUCAGCUCAUCUAAACAGGCCAGAGGAGCAGAGGAGAUCCGUCUUAGAGAGAAGGAGGAGGAGAUUAGAGAGCAAGAGGAGGAUGAGCUGCAGAAAUCAGACCAUGAGAGCAUUGCGUCUGUAGGAAAGCUGAUCCUGGGUCUCCCAGACUCCAGAGACAGUGAAGCUGACUCUGAGCUCACCCUGACUGACACCGACACAGAGUCUAUCAGGAUGACUGAUUUGAAGAGGAGAAAGAAGCGAGGCCAAGGAGGAGCCUCUCUACCAAUCAGAGGAGGUGAUCUUCCCGAGAGAGAGGAUGGGGAGGGCGAGGAGACACCGGCCUUCAGUCACUGGGGAGCUCCACGCAGGGUGGAGGUGUGGCCUGAGGAGGGCCAGUCUUUGGGGCUGAGCAUCGUAGGAGGUCGCCACGUCAUCAAGCGUCUGAGGAACGGCGAGGAGCUGAAGGGGAUCUUCAUCAAACAGGUUCUCCCGAACAGCCCUGCUGCAAAAACCCAGUGUUUAAAGACCGGGGACAAGAUCCUGGAGGUGUCAGGUGUUGACCUUAGGGCUGCCAGUCAUGAGGAGGCAGUUGAUGCCAUCAAAUCAGCUCCCAGCCCCGUCGUCUUCAUUGUUCAGAGCCUGUCAGCGACGCCACGGCCUCUGUCUCUGACAGCGUCCAGCUACAGUAAGCACAGAGCAAAGAGGACGAGGUCUCCGCAACCAAGUGCAGCCCCACCCCCUAUGAGACAGCCCCCACCCUACAGACCACCAAACCAAUCAGAGCAGGACCUGAGCUCAGAGCUGGAGCAGGUGAAAGAGCGUUGGUGUGAGCGUUAUGGAGACCUGCAGGGGGAGCUGUUGUGCGUGGAGCUGGAGAAGGAGCGGCAGGGUCUGGGUCUCAGCCUGGCCGGGAACAGGGAUCGAUCCCGGCUCAGCAUCUUCGUGGUGGGACUCCAUCAGGGCGGGCCGGCUGCUCGAGAUGGGCGCAUCAGAGUGGGGGACGAGCUGCUGGAGAUCAACAACCAGGUUCUCUAUGGGCGGAGUCACCAGAACGCCUCGGCCAUCAUUAAGAGUGCCGCUUCCAAGGUGAAACUCAUCCUGCUCAGAAGUGAAGAUGCAAUAAACCAGAUGGCCGUCCCUCCCUUCUCGACUCCCCCUCCUCCCCCCGCCCUCAGCCCCGUCAGCCCCGAGUCCAUCCCUCCAGCCCCCACAGACGGACCCCGACCUCCGGACAGCCUCCCGCUCCCAUCAUCAGACACAGCGGACGAGACGAGUGAUGAAGCCGAACAGAACAACAAGAACAGAAACAGAAGCAGCAAUAGCGCCCCCAAGAGUCUGAGAGACAGCAACACCUCCAAAAAGAGGCUGAAAGCUGCAGAGUCUCCAGAGAACGAUCUGCAGGCUCCACGGGCAUCGAUGGAGCAGCAGUCCUGUCGCUCUCACAGCAGCAGCUCCAGUAAACACACAGCAGCAUCUCCUCCUCUGAUCAGCCCCGACCUGCAGACCGCCAACAGAGACCCUUCCUGCUGUGCAGUGGUUCCUGGUCAGGAGACGUUGUUGGAGAUCUGUAAAGGCCGAUCUGGACUGGGACUCAGUAUAGUGGGAGGAAGAGACACGCAACUGGACGCCAUAGUGAUCCAUGAGGUUUAUGAGGAAGGAGCAGCAGCCAGAGACGGUCGACUGUGGGCCGGAGACCAGAUUCUCGAGGUAAAUGGGUUGAAUCUCCGUGGGGCGUCCCAUGAGGAAGCCAUUGCUGCCCUUCGUCAGACACCAGCAAAGGUCCGUCUGACAGUCCUUAGGGAUGAGGCUCAGUACAGAGACGAGGAGAACCUGGACGUGUUUAAGGUCGAGCUGCAGAAGAAGAGCGGCAGAGGGCUGGGACUCAGCAUUGUUGGGAAGAGGAGUGGCAGUGGGGUGUUCAUCUCUGAAGUGGUCAGAGGGGGCGCUGCAGAGCUGGACGGUCGCCUGAUGCAGGGAGAUCAGAUCCUGACGGUCAACGGAGAAGACACGAGACACGCCUCACAGGAAACAGUGGCUGCCAUACUGAAGUGUGCCCGGGGUCCGGUCCAGUUGGAGCUCGGUCGGUUGAAAGCUGCAUCAUGGAUCUCAUCCAGACAAAGCUCACAGGGAAGCCAAAUGAGUCGUGUGAGCGGGAACAGCUCAGGUGUUGUAGCCCCGCCUCUCACACAUACCUCAACAUCAUGUGACCCCACAACACCCGACGCACUGACGCCAACCUCCAAUGACCCCCUUAACAACAACACAAAGACCCAAAGUGACAUCACUUCCUCCUCCAACAGCACGGGGGGAGACACUGGCGUUCGUACUGUGGAGAUCACAAGGGGCGUCAGCGACUCCCUUGGGGUGAGUAUAGCCGGAGGGAAGGGCAGCCCGUUGGGUGACAUCCCCGUCUUCAUCGCCAUGAUCCAGGCCAACGGAGUCGCCGCCAAGACGCACAGGCUCAAGGUCGGUGACAGGAUCGUCAGUAUAAACGGUCAGUCAGUGGACGCUCUUUCUCACAGCAACGUGGUCACCCUGCUGAAGAACAGCUACGGAAAUAUCAGCCUGCAGGUGGUCGCAGACACCAACAUCAGCGCCAUCGCCACUCAGGUGGAGAGUUUGUCCAGCAGCUCCAGUCUAUCUGCAAACACUGAUACUCACACCACAGAGCCAGAGGGUCCACGGCCCCGCAGCAUCAGUCUGGAGAAAGGCUCUGAAGGACUCGGCUUCAGUAUUGUUGGAGGAUUUGGGAGUCCACAUGGAGACCUGCCUAUCUAUGUCAAGACCGUCUUUAGUAAGGGUGCGGCGGCUGUGGACGGGCGACUGAAAAGAGGCGAUCAGAUCCUGACAGUGAAUGGAGAGAGUCUGCAGGGAGUCACACACGAGCAGGCGGUGGCCAUCCUGAAGAAACAGAGAGGGACGGUCACACUGGACGUCCUGUCAUAACACAAACACGUCUGCAUGCAUACUCAAAGAUGAUGCAAACACACUUUGACUCUUGGACCACAGGGCGUCGUGGAUCGUGGACUCUGAAGUUCCCAACGUGCAAAAAAAAAAGAAUUAGCAUCACAUGGUGCCAACACAAACCCCGAUGUCUGAAUCAGUAACCUCUGCAGCAUAGUCAGAUACUUUCACUGCUUUUCUACCUUCUAACAGAGUUACUCAAACUGCAGUUUAGAGGGGGUUAAAGGGUAGAAAAGGUUGGAAAAGAUUGAGAAACUCUGUUAACUAAUACUCAAAAUAUCACAUAAAAAAACAAUAUGGCGUCAUCAUGAAGCAACGUUUAAAGCCAGCCUAAAAACACUCAUACAGUCAGACAGAAGGAAUCUAUGAGAAAAAUGUGAUGUUUAGGAACAAAAGGGAAGUAAGACAGCUGUUCACGUUAGCUUAGCAUCUCCUGUAAGGUAAGUGACUGCUUAGCUGUUAGCGGAUGAGUAGCAGUGACUGUAAAUGUGAAGACCAGCGAAGAAACGUUUGUAAAACUGUGAUACUGCUGUUCGUUUCAACCUGACAAACAUUUUUUACUUUCUUUUUUCAAACAUUAAACGAUCAAAGAGUGAGCUUUUCUGGCGAUGUAGCAUAAAUAUAUUUUUAAUUUUUAAAUUUGCAUUUUAAACAGAAAAUUGCUGUGUCUGAAACUACAAACAUACUGCACAGUAAGCUAACAGUUAGCAUGUGGGUCCGCCUUACUUAAAGUCUCUGUGAAGUGAAAAUAAAUCUGUGUUUAGGUUUGUUGUAUAACAGGUCAGUGUGUUCUGAACCACCAGGCCAAAAUUCAGUCAAAAAAAACAUCUCUACGUUUAUAAAAUUAACCUUUUAGGUGCCACAGUUUUUUCAAGAAAAUAUACAGUUGUGAUAUCAAGAUUUCAAAAGGCUGUAGCUUGAAAGUGGUUAGAGAUAAAGGCAUGCUGUAAAUGAGAAAAAUCUUCAGUAUGACCCAAAGUUUGUGGUGGGAGUAAAUUCGUUCAUCUAAUUUGCAUAUUCUGACAUCUCCAAGCAGCCUCCACCGCCACUGCUUCUACCAUGUCUGCCCCUACCUCCACGGUGUUUUUUCUAUUCCCGCUACCUCUGUCAAUAUUUGUGUUUUGACCAACCCCCACCAUGUCCCCACCCCAGCCACGGUGAGGAAAAGCAUUGGCUUCGGUAUGUGCUUUAUUGUGGACUCUCAUGAUGCACGGAGUCGCUGUGGCUCCGACACACUGGCAGUCUUGGUCUCACCAGACGACUGAACGUCAUCGUCACAGGGGUGAACAUUCCACUAUUCCUCCUGAAAUUGCGAGUAUUCUCGCUACAAUUCGCUCUCUUUCUCUCUUUUACGCACCGACUACAACCACUACUAUCACUUCCUCGUCUCCUCGAC